AGCUAGUACCCGUAUGAGGCCGCCGGGGGCGGUUCGUGUCGUCUCCUUGAAGGUCACGUGUGGUCAGCACUCUGUGCUAGAGCAGUAGGGGAGAGACGAGAACAAUGGCAGGGAGCCUCGGCCUGGGUGCAGGAAGGCGCCUUUGGAGCUGGGUGCCCCAGGCCUGCAGAAGCUUCUCCCUGGGUGUUCCUGGAAUGUAUUUUGUAAGGGUAACCGUCCCGCCCCGCAAAGUGGUUGAUCGUUGGAACGAGAAGAGGGCCAUGUUCGGAGUGUAUGAUAAUAUCGGGAUCCUGGGGAAUUUUGAAAUGCACCCCAAAGAACUAAUCAGGGGACCCAGGUGGCUUCGAGGCUGGAAGGGGAAUGAAUUGCAGCGUUGUAUCCGAAAGAAGAAAAUGGUUGGAAAUCGGAUGUUCUUUGAUGACCUGCACAACCUUAACAAACGCAUCAGCUAUCUCUACAAACACUUUAACCGACAUGGACAGUACCGAUAGAGAAGAAAGCUGGGGACUGUGGAAGAGGCAUAUCUAUCAGAGGAGAAGGGAAACAGUACUCUUCAUUAUGAGGAAGGGGAUUUGUAUGCUCUUCAUAAUAAAAUGGGGCUUCUUCAAAAUCUGUUAUCCCCACACUUUAUUUUCCUCUAGAUGCUAUGUUUACUCAUUCAUGUAGACUUAUCCCUAAGUCUUAUAGUCUUAUAUUUGGACUUUAUCACUUGACCUUUGCAGUCUAGCCAUACUUAUGGCCUUUAAAAAAUAAAAAUUAUGCAGGCACUUUUUGACAUGUGGGUUUCAUGUACUGAAAGUGGUAAUUUUUAAUUGCCCCCAAAUGCUAAAUAUUAAAUAUAUUUUUGAAAACCCUUUCACACUGGAAUGAAAUGUAACAGAAAAAUGGAAUUAUAUUUCUGUACUAGUUUCAUCAAAAAUGUUGGGUACUUUUGCUGAGCUGAUAAUUGCAGGAGAAACAAAAAUGUGUAAUAUAUCCUUCACACACUCUGCAUAUGCUUUUCUAAUUAGGGAUAUAAAGUUAAUAGUCUCACACAUACACUUUAAUAUGAGGCAUUAAGUACCAUAUGAAUGCUUUGCCUGACUGAUCAUCAGAAUCUUAGUAAUUUAACAAUUUCAAAAGCCUGGUCCCUGUCCCCUAAGAUCUGGGAUUUGUGGAGCUGAGCUGAGUCUUGUGCAUCUGUGUGUAAUACAAAACAACAACAACAACAAAAAAACCCCAUAUAUACAAUGCAAAUUUAAAAAUUACAAAAGAGUAAUCAGAUGAAAAUUUUUUUCAUCUGACUUUUUUUUGUCCCUUCACAGAGGCAACCACUCUUCCAAGAUUCUUCUUACCCUUUUACAUAUACUGUGCAUGUACAAGUUUGUAUUAAAAACUGUAUAUCUCCAAAAAAAAA